AUGAGCGCCGUGGAGGAUGGGGAGGACUGCCCAGAGCUCAUCAGCGCCAAAGUCCCGGUCACAAUCUUGACGGGGUUUCUCGGCAGCGGCAAAACAACGCUGCUCCACUACGUGCUUUCCGCCGAACACCACCUACGAAUUGCUGUCAUUGUGAACGAGUUCGAGUUUGGCAAGACGAUCGAGAAGGGGUUGACCCUCAAAAGUUCCCAGAAGCCGGACGACGAGUGGCUGGAACUGAACAACGGCUGCAUGUGCUGCACGGCCCAGUCCCAGACGGUGAAGGCGCUGGAGAGCCUCAUGGCGCGAAAGGGAACAUUUGACCUGGUGCUGGUGGAGACAUCCGGUCUCGCCGAUCCCGGUCCGGUCGCCGCCAUGUUCUGGCAGGAUGAAGCCGUGUGUGGAUCGCUGUUUCUCUCGGGAAUCCUGACACUGGUUGAUGCGAAGAACAUAUGUAGGUACUUGCAUGACCCGGUGGUAUCGGGGGAGGCGGCGCGACAGAUCCUCAUGGCGGACCGCGUCAUUCUCAACAAGUGCGACAUUGCAACGGAAGAGGAGCAGAGCCGUGCGCUGGCGGAGGUAAGGUGCAUCAACCCUGUUGUACAGGUGAUCCACUCGUCUUUCUCCAGGCUGGAGAACCUGCAGGAGAUAUUGUUUUUGAACACAACACGCCGGCUCGUGGAACUGGGACACUUGCACCAGGAUGCUCCUUCAGGCAUCACAGCCGUCUCACUGGAGUUCUUUGAGCAGCCGAAUUUCUUGGCUUUGCGUGACACAGGUGAUGUGGACUUGAUCUGCAGGGAUCUGCUCUACAAGGAUCACGAUCCACCCUUUGAAGUGGUGCGGUCCAAGGCGGCGCUUUGGGUGAAGAAGGCAGGGCAAUAUUCCCUCCUACAACUCCAAACAAUCGGGGAACUCUUUGACGUCAGACCAAUGGAGGGACAAAGCGUUCCAAUGGGUUGCUCACGUGUGCUCAUCCUGGGCAAGCAACUUGACAAGGAUGUUCUGAGGAACAUUUUCCUUCGUUACAUGCGGGUCGAUGCGGAUACGUGA